AUGGAUAAAAACAAAAGCAAAGAAAUUGCGGUUCCCUCGAAAUGUGAAAAAAGUUCCAAUCCUGUGAGUUCUUUAAUAGAAAUAAAGAAGUUUUAGAAUCUAAGAAUUCUGCAACUCAAAAUGUUUAUUUCUGAUUUACACUUAUUUGUUCAGCCAUCGGAAGAAUUGGAUGAAACCUCAAAAGAUGCGCCAUCUUUAAAAAUUCGAAGUGACGGAAAAAGUUUCGACGACUCAGAAAAUCGUUCGCCAAUUCAGAACUUGGAUUUGAAGCCUGUUAAUCGAUUGAAAAAUGCGACCAAAUAA